AUGCUGGAAUCACAGCAGAGAUUUCUCAGAGCCAGGGCCCUUGCAGAUGUCACGAGACCACAGGGGCACUGCAACACUGACCACAUGGAGAGAGACCUUAACAUUGUUGUCCACGUCCAGCACUACGAGAACAUGGAUAUGAGAACCCCCAUAAAUAAUCUACACACCACACAGAUGAACAACGCUGUGCCCACCUCCCCUCUGCUCCAGCAGAUGGGCCACCGGCAUUCGUAUCCCAACCUGGGACAGAUCUCCAAUUUCUAUGAGCAGCAGCCGCCAGGCAAAGAGCUCAACAAGUACGCCUCCUUAAAGGCAGUCGCUGACAAGGUCAAUGACGACUUCUAUUCUAAGCGACGGCACCUGGCAGAGCUGGCCACCAAGGGGAACCUCCCUCUGCACCCCGUGAGAGUGGAGGAUGAGCCUCAGGCCUUCAGCCCUGAGCACGGCCCCACCAAGCAGAAUGGACAGAAGUCCCGCACCAACAAGAUGCCCCCACACCCCCUGGCCUACAACGCCACCGCCAACUUUAAGGGCUGGGACCCCAACGAGCAGUCUCUCCGGCGGCAGGCCUAUGGCAACAAGAGCAAGCUUGGCACGGCCGAGCUGGGCUCCAGCAACCCCUUGGGGACUCGCACCCAGCACUACCCACCCCCACAGCCAUACUUCAUCACCAACAGCAAAACGGAAGUGACUGUCUGAGCUUUGCUACAGGGAGUUCCCUGGAGACCACACUCAACUGAGAGAGGCAAAAAAUCCCAGUCCCUACCUUUCCUAUCCUCCUGUCCCCCAAACACACACCCACACACUCUCAACAGGAACCCAGUGUAGACCUACUGGUGACAGAGAAUCACGCUUUCCCUGGGUCACGCCUAACACGCUUCAGCAGGCAGCUGAGGAAGACAGGAGCAUGGACAUGCAGCAAUACAGCAAAGGGGAAACGGAGGCACCCUCUUAACAUCGGGCCCAAGGUGGCAGCCAGCUCACAUGCCCACACCGUGGGGCUAGUCUUUCUUUUCCUCCUAACUGGAAACUGAAAUCUGUGAUGGCAAAAAAAAAAAAAAAAUUAAAGUAGCACAAUUUAGAGAAAUUGUCCAUGUGAGCACAUGCACUAUUUGCCACGUGCUAUCUGUUUUUUUGAUAAAAGAGCCGGGGUGAAAGGGGAUAGAGAGAGGGUGAGGCUGUGCACAGAGAAGCAUGGAUGUCGGAAGAAUUGUUCUGGGAGAGAUUCACCUACACCGAAAGCAUUGUUUUCUACCCCCAAGAAGAGCUGAUGUGAACACCAAGUUUUAAUGAGUACGAGGCAGGAACUGGACCCCCAACCAUAUAGGGA